AUGCCACCACCAAUACCAGCCCACCAGAAGCGCUUUACAGCAAAUCCAACUAGACCGGCACGAUACAGACCUGGUAAAGCAGUUCCCGAAGACGAAUCAGAUGAGAAUCUUGAGGACGAAGAGGAGGAGGAAGUUUCACAGCCUGUACAGCCACAGAGGAGACUCCAAGCACCCCCAGCUGGACCUACUCGCCCACAGGCUGAGGACGAGGAGGAGGACGAUGAGGAAGGCUUUGUGACAGAGGACGAGGAUGAUGCGGAUGGAGGAGCACCACUACCAAAACCUGCCGCUAAACCUGUUGCACAGACAGCUCGCACUUUGCAGCCAUCCGCACAGACAUCUGCCACACCAGUAAUACCUGAGCAAGUGCAGGAUGGGCAUGAAGAUGAGGACGAAUCAGCCGGCUCUGAGGAGGAGGAGGAGGAAGAAAGUGAAGAAGGCAGUGAAGAGGAGGGUUCAACUUCUGAGGAGGAAGAGGCACCUCAACGCAGAUUUCAGCGCCCGACCUUCAUCAAGAAGACAGAACGCAAGCCUACCUCCGCCUCGAACGCAGACGUCUCUGAAUCUGCCACUCCUGCUCCUGAAAUAGCUUCCUCUCAUCACAAUGAAGAUAUCGCAGCCCGUCGGCUCAGAGAAGCCGAAUCCUUGAUUAAAACGACUAUAGAAAGAGAUACCGCAGCUCGACUGGCUGGCAGGAAAGACUGGGACGACGACGACGAUCUUCCUCCCGAAGCACUAGUCGAUGACACUGACGGCCUCGAUCCCGAAGCUGAGCACUCCGCCUGGCGACUACGCGAACUCCACCGCCUAAAACGCGAUCGUGAAGCCAUGAUCGCGCGCGAAAAGGAGCUCGAGGAAAUUGAACGGAGACGCAAUCUUACAAUAGAGGAACGUGAGGCCGAAGACAAAGAAUACAUCGCAAAACAGAAAGAAGAACGCGAAGAAGGAAGAGCCAAGUCCGCCUACCUGAGCAAGUAUCACCAUAAAGGAGCCUUCUUCAUGGACGAUGAGGAAAGUGCACGGCUGGCAAAGCGGGAUCUUAUUGGUGCUAAAUUCGCUGACGACGUGGAUAAGAGUACACUUCCUGAAUACAUGCGCAUAAGAGACAUGACGAAACUGGGAAAGAAAGGUCGGACCAGGUAUACUGAUCUCAAAGGCCAGGACACAGGCCGGUUCGGUGACGAGGUAAAGAGAUGGCGGGGUAGUGGUUACAAUGACCGAAACGACGGGCAGAGAGAUGAUAUAAGAGGCGUGGACGAUAGAUUCCUACCUGACAACGAUAGGGAAAGAGGAGGACCACAGGUCACGUUCACGUUCGCCGCAGACACGGAGAAGGCGCUAUUCCAGCUCAAGGUCUCGAUCAAGGUCGAGGUCGAGGUCGAGAUCCCCAGUACACAGGUCUAG